AUGUGGGGGAAGUGGAUUAAAGGAAACUUACUAAAGAAAAAGAGUUUUUGGGAAGUGAAGAGUACUUCGCAAGCAGGAUCCUGGAUGUGGAGAAAAAUGUUGAAGCUAAGGGAUGUUGUUAAGAAGUUCUAUCGGAAGGAAAUAGGAAAUGGCAGACACACUUCUUUCUGGUUCGACAACUGGUCAGAAUGUGGAGUGAUUUUUGAUAAAUUGGGUGAUAGAGGAAUUAUAGAUUUGGGUAUACGUAGAGAAGCUACUGUGGAGGAAGCAAUUUUGAGUAAUAGAAGAAGGAAAAGACACCGAUCUCAUGAGCUAAAUCUUAUAGAAGCGGAGUUGAGAAGAGUAGGAGAGGAGAUGAAUGAAACAGAAGAUAUUAGCUUGUGGAGAAGGGGGUCAGGAUAUAAAGAUAAUUUCUCGACUUAUGAGACUCGGUGCCUUACACGGGAAACAAAGAGUGAACAGAGUUGGGCGUGCAGUGUUUGGUUCUCAAAUGCAACUCCGAAGUUUGCGUUCAUAACCUGGGUUGCUAUGCUUAACAGAAUGUCUACUCUAGACAGAGUUGCGCAGUGGAGCCAGGGAGUGGAUACAACAUGUUUGCUUUGCAAGAAUGAAGUGGAGACUAGGAAUCACCUAUUUUUUGCUUGUUCUUACUCGUCACAAGUAUGGGAGCAUCUCACUAAGGGUAUGAUGGGAGAGGAUUAUACUAAUGACUGGACUGAAAUUGUACAAAUGAUCUCAGAAGUGUCUAUGGACAGGAAGAGAUUAUUUUGUCUACGAUAUUCAUUUCAAGUCACGCUGUACAUGAUUUGGAGGGAGAGAAACAAGCUCAAACAUGGAGAUAAAAAACUUCCCAUUGUUGCAUUGAAGAAGAUGAUUGAGAAGGGAGUUAGAAACAAGCUGAGUAUACUGAUAUCAAAAGGGGUGAAGGGUAUGGAGAGAAGUCUCCAGUAUUGGUUUGAAACUAGAAUGUAA